GGGGAUGCUGUGGUCCCCCAGCUCCCAGGCGUUCAACUUGGACGAGGACAAGCUGACGGUGUACAGCGGCCCGGAGGGCAGCUACUUCGGCUACGCGGUGGACUUCCACAUCCCUGCGGCUCGCAGAGCCAGUGUCUUGGUGGGAGCGCCCAAAGCCAACACCAGCCAGCCAGACAUCGUGGAGGGGGGAGCCGUCUACUACUGUCCUUGGCCCGCCGAGGGGUCCGCGCAGUGCAAGCAGAUACCGUUCGACACCACCAACAACAGAAAGAUCAGAGUUAAUGGAACCAAGGAACCCAUAGAGUUUAAAUCGAACCAAUGGUUUGGAGCAGCAGUGAGAGCUCACAGAGGGAAAGUGGUGGCUUGUGCUCCCUUAUAUCACUGGAGAACUCUGAAAUCCACACCAGAAAAGGACCCAGUUGGCACUUGCUAUGUAGCAAUUCAGAAUUUCAGUGCGUAUGCUGAGUACUCUCCUUGUCGGAACAGUAAUGCUGAUCCUGAAGGCCAGGGUUACUGCCAAGCAGGAUUUAGUCUGGAUUUUUAUAAGAAUGGAGACCUUAUAGUAGGAGGACCUGGGAGUUUUUAUUGGCAAGGUCAGGUGAUCACAGCCAGUAUUGCAGACAUCAUUGACAAUUACUCAUUCAAGGAUAUUCUAAGGAAACUGGCUCGAGAAAAACAGACACAAGUGGCUUCAACUUCCAACGAUGACAGUUACCUCGGAUAUUCAGUUGCUGCUGGGGAAUUUACAGGAGAUGCUCAGCAAGAAUUGGUUGCUGGAGUUCCAAGAGGAGCACAGAAUUUUGGAUAUGUUUCAAUCAUUAACUCUACAGAUAUGACUUUUAUUCAGAAUUUCACUGGUGAACAGAUGGCAUCUUAUUUUGGAUAUACAGUUGCAGUAUCAGAUAUUAACAAUGAUGGGAUGGAUGACAUACUGAUUGGGGCCCCUCUCUUUAUGGAACGUGAAUUUGAGAGUAACCCCAGGGAAGUGGGUCAAGUUUACCUGUAUAUGCAAGUGAGCGCUCUCACCUUUGAAGACCCUCAGGUGCUCGCAGGCACGGAGGUUUUCGGGAGGUUUGGCAGUGCGGUGGCCCACUUAGGAGACCUGAAUCAAGAUGGAUACCAUGAUGUUGCCAUCGGUGCGCCCUUUGCAGGCCAGGAUCAAAGAGGCAAAGUGUUCAUUUACAACGGGAACAAACAUGGCUUGAACACCAAGGCUUCCCAAAUUUUGCAAGGAGUGUGGGCAUCACAGGCUAUCCCUUCUGGCUUUGGCUACACUUUAAGAGGAGACUCAGACAUAGACAAGAAUGACUACCCAGAUUUAAUUGUGGGUGCAUUCGGAACAGGAAAAGUAGCUGUUUAUAGAGCGAGACCAGUGGUGACGGUGGAUGCCCAGCUUCUGCUGCACCCGGUGAUAAUCAACCUGGAAAAUAAAACUUGCCAGAUUCCAGAGUUUAUGACUUCUGUGGCCUGGCACAGGAACCAUAAUUCUCCUGCUAGUCCUUACCCUGGAAUGAUUAAUGAGCAUGAAAGCAGCUGUGCCAGCGACACAGGCAUGAGCCUAACCGCCGAGGUGCAGUUAGAUUCCCUGAAACAAAAAGGUGCCAUUAAACGCACACUCUUCCUUGACAACCAUCAGUCACAUUUCAUCUUCCCUCUCGUGAUAAAGCAGCAGAAAUCCCACCAGUGCCAGGACUUCAUGGUUUACCUGCGAGAUGAAACUGAAUUCCGAGAUAAAUUGUCUCCAAUCAACAUUAGUUUGAAUUACAGUUUGGAUGAGCCCACCUCUAAAGAAGGCCUGGAGGUGAAACCGAUACUGAACCACUACAGGGGAAACGUUGUUACUGAACAGGUUCAUAUCCUUGUGGACUGUGGAGAAGACAACAUGUGCAUUCCUGACUUGAAGCUGUCAGCCAGACCAGAUAAGCAUCAGGUUAUCAUUGGAGAUGAAAAUCACCUUAUGCUCAUAAUCAAUGCGAGAAAUGAAGGUGAAGGAGCCUAUGAAGCGGAACUCUUGGUGAUGAUCCCAGAAGAGGCAGAUUAUGUCGGGAUUGAGCGCAGCAGCAAGGGAUUCCGACCACUGAGCUGUGAGUACAAGAUGGAAAAUGUAACCAGAAUGGUGGUGUGUGACCUUGGGAACCCGAUGGUGGCUGGAACAAACUAUUCUCUGGGCCUCCGAUUUGCAGUUCUACGUCUUGAGAAAACAAACGUGAGCAUUAACUUCGAUCUUCAAAUCAGAAGUUCCAACAAGGACAAUCCAGACAGCAAUUUUGUGAGCCUGCAAAUCAACAUCACCGCUGUAGCUCAAGUAGAAAUAAGAGGAGUCUCCCACCCGCCGCAGAUUGUUCUGCCCAUUCAUAACUGGGAACCAGAAGAGGAACCCCGCAAAGAGGAAGGAGUUGGACCACUGGUGGAACAUAUUUAUGAGUUGCACAAUAUCGGACCGAGUGCCAUCAGUGACACCCUUCUGGAGGUGGGCUGGCCAUUCUCUGCCCGGGAUGAGUUUCUUCUUUAUAUUUUUCAUAUUCAAACUUUGGGACCUCUACGAUGUCAAACAAACCCACAUAUCAACCCACAGGAUAUAAAGCUUGCUGCUCCCCCAAAGGACACCCCUGAACUGAGUGCCUUUUUGAAAAACUCAACCAUCCCUCAUCUUGUCAGGAAAAGAGAUGUGCCGGUGCCGGUGCCAGAGGUCCGCAGACAGAGCCCGGCAAAAAUCCUGAAUUGUACAAAUAUCGAGUGCUUACAGAUCUCCUGUGCAGUGGGACGACUAGAAGGAGGAGAAAGCGCAGUCCUGAAAGUCAGAUCACGGUUAUGGGCCAAGACAUUUCUCCAGAGAAAGAAUGAUCCCUAUUCUCUUGCAUCCCUGGUGUCUUUUGAAGUUAAGAAGAUGCCUUAUAAAGACCAGCCAGCAAAACUCCCAGAGGGAAGCAUAGCAAUUAAGACAUCAGUUAUUUGGGCAACACCAAAUGUUUCCUUCUCAAUCCCAUUGUGGGUGAUAAUACUAGCGAUACUUCUUGGAUUAUUGGUUCUGGCCAUUUUGACUUUGGCUUUAUGGAAGUGUGGAUUCUUUGACAGGUCAAGACCCCCGCAAGAUGAUAUGAAUGACAGGGAACAGCUGACAGAUGAGAAAACCCCUGGUGCUUGAAAAGGUAAAACCAAAGACCAAAAACUCCGACAGGUCCUGUUCAAAGAAAAGAAAGAACAUGAGGGUUAAACAAAGGUUUUCCUGGACCUGCCAGUGUCCUAGGAAAUGGAAAGGCCGGGAUCUAUUGCCUCAUCCACACCACCCUGUGGAGACGUUGCCACGGAGCCCCGCGAGCCUUGGGGAAGGAGACAUCCUCACCACUGUAGAAACAGCCAUCAUGCAUGUUUCUUCCCCUGGAGUCAUUCUGUAUUUGGCAGACACUUUGAAGUGGGUAUGGAAACGAAGGCUGCUUUCCAGGUAAAUCCAACUUAAGUCACAAAGACAAAAGGACUGGAUUAUGAUAGAAUUUAGAAGGCGAACUAGGACUGAACCUUCCAACACUACUGUAUCCUACAGAAUAUUUGACACCUCCCUAUGGAAAAGAGAUAUUUCUAAUGAUGUUAUGGCUCAGGGAGACAAGUAUAUGUUGUUGGUACUGUGAAAGUACUUUUGAAACAACAAAGAUAAUCUUGUAAGCAAGGAUAACAAUUUAUUUAUUUAUUUUCCGUUUCUCUGGCCAUGGAGAGGAUUUGGAAAUUAAGAUUUGGUCAGCUGGUUUUCUAAAUCACACCCUUAAGUCCUUCUAAGUUAACCAUUGUGUGCAGAUCAGUCAUUUAAUAGAGAUUUUUAGAUCAUGUUAAGGAAAAGCAAAUUGGUAUUAGAAGAUAGCUUCUUUUAAUAUUCUGCUGCCUUCCACCUGAAAUUACUUAUAUUCACACUUUCUAGGGACUCACAUCUGCUUAAUGUAGCUUUGCAAAAAGUUACAUUUGUAGUUCUUUUUAUUUAAAAAAAUAAUUGUUCCAUUUACUUAAUUAGCAAUACAUACAUUUCAAGGUACUCUCAAUGCUGUGUGGUGUUUAAAAGUUACGGUAAUUAUGAAAAAUGUCUAGAGUUUGUUGAUUGAAAAGCAAUUUAACAAUAUAGGUAAACAUAUUUUUAAUAUCUAUAAGAAGCAACACCAAUAUUUAACUUCAGAUAAAUACCUAUUUUCUCUACUAUAUCUCACACUUUUUAUGUACACAGAGAAUAUAUGUUACACAUAAAUAGGAAGGAAGUGAAAAGUUAUGCAGGUGUGAGAUGAAUCUAGAAAAUGGAUUCCCAAGAAUUUUACUUAAAAUUGCCCAUUCCAACUUUACUACUCAUUUUUACUGAUAAUCUUUAUAGUACAUGACUUUGGAAAAGUAUCUUUAUGUAAGGUAUUUUCCCAUCAUCUUGAAUUUAACCAUCAUAAAAACUUGAUGUUUAAAACUUGUAAAUAAGCCAUACUUACGUGUAAUAUUAACAUUUUUGAAGUAAAAUUGACCAGGCAAAUUCAUAUAGUUGCACAACUUUGUAUCCUUUUUAUAAUAAUGAAAAAUUACUAGGAAGAAAUGCUGAACAAAGUUUAUAUUUGUGUGCAAUAUUUUAUAGACCUAUGUAUCUAAGGCAUGUUUACACUGGCAUUAGUUAUUUUUAAAUUAAUAUCCUGAAUAUUAAGAAUGAUGGAACAAGCAGACCCAAAACCUUAAGUUUACAGAGCCAUUGGACAACUUGUAUCCCAGUUUCAACAUCACACUUUGUUUGAAAGAAGAGCCAAACAAUCAAACUCACAGACAUUAAGUUUCUAUCGUGCCUUAACCUGGAGACAAGCCAUUUGGCUGUAGCUGCAGAAUUUCUUUGGAGACCAAAUGAAAGGCACAUGGAAGAAGACACGGAUGCAGUUCAUAUUCUUCCCACGUAUGAAUUAAAUCCUGUCAUGGUAGCGGUUUCAAGUCUGUCAGGAAUGAAGUCUGGCUCCCAGUGUAUGCGGCUGGCUGUGGGUGAGAACCGCACGUGCUUCAAACUAUUUGUGGGUCUCACAGCAGCCUCUGUGGGCCCCACACCAGCCUCUGGUCCUAGGUGUCAGUUAUCUAGAAUUGGCUUUACACUAAGGAAAUAACCAUCUACAGGAUUUGAUUGGAGGGAUUUCAGGCAGGACUCUGUGCCCCCAAAUAAUGCCUUAACUCUUGUCUCCAUUUUAGCCAAUAGAAAUGAGCACCUCAGGAUAUUUGGUCAUGAGAGGUGUCUGAGAAAACUCACCCAUUGCCUUUUAAGCUAACAACAUUGGUGAAGGAACUCAGAACUCUUAGGGUUUGAUAAAUGUAGGACCCCGUGAGAGCACUCACACAGACACAUGGAGAAACUAGAGGUCCUAAGGAGACUGGGACCUGGAACAGAGCAUGGUAUGAGGGCUUCAAAGGCAAACUCUGCCUUCAACACAGUCGCAGCCAAGAGUAGUCCCUUCGAAAAGGGUGAACAUCGCUACCUACAGGCAUUUCGUGGAGGCCGGCAAGCACACACCGGCCCGCUCAACCAUUUAGAAUGUGGAAGCAAAUGGAGGAGGGGACACUGAGGUCAGAGGACUUUCCAGGCAUCAGUUCCUCAGCUCCCCUCUACACGCAGGGUCCUCUUACCACGCACUGAGCACAUCUGCUUUUGGUCACAGGAUUGCUAAUCACUUUCCUAACUCAGAAUGUGCCGUGCUUGUCUUAGAGUCUCUCUGUUUGUUAGAUCCCCCUUUGAAAAUUCUUGCAGCUGGUUUUUAAGAUGUGGAAAAUGGGCAAAUGAAGUUUUAUAAAAUUGGAGGUUUUUAUACAAUAAGUACACAAUAUGGACUAGUCACCACUGAAAUCCUAUUUCAACUCUUUUCCUUUUCCUGUUUUAUUUAAAUACAUUUGUAGAUAUCUGUGAAGAUUUUCAUGUACCUAUUUACCUUCUCACUAAUAAAAUUAAAAAUGAAAGACA